UGGAACAAACAGCAAAAAAGAUGGCAGCACCACCAUAUCAGAGUCGGCAUGAUUUACAAUUUAUACCAUUUGUUUCCCCUACCUUUGAAGAUAAUGAAACACCAGAAACAGCAGAAAAAAGAUGUGGAUCAACUUUAAAUGGGGAAGAAGCUAGUAUUUUCUAUAAUACAAUAAUAUCUUCUUCAUCUAUUUGUAAGAAUCCAAAUUCUGCUAAAAGCAGCAGUCGGCAAAAAAAUAUUGCUAGCAAAAAAAUUUCUGAGAAGCUUGAAUCAAUUUCUCCACCAAAAUCUGUAGAUAUCUUGUCAAACAAAGUAUUCUUUUAUGCCCAAGAAGGUAAUUUAAAAGAAAUUAAGAAGUGCUUAGAGCAAACUUGUUGCAUAAAUCAACAAGAUGCUUAUGGAUGGACACCAAUUAUGUGUGCUGCCAUGGAAGGUCAUUAUAGUAUUGUAAAGUAUUUAUUAGACUUUGGUGCUGAUUUAUCAAUAAGAAACAAGCAAGGAUUGACUGUAUUUGAAAUUGCUGAAAGAGGGAAUCAUCUUCAGGUGAUAGAUCUUCUUCGUAAUGGCAUUCAAGUUUCAAAAAUAUCAGAUGCUGUUCUUAAAAAUUCUGACGAAGCAGAGUUAAAAUUUUGUAAGGAGUGUUCAUUAUCAUUUAAAGAAUCUAUUGUGUCUCAUGAAAAAAGUAUUGCUCAUUUAUUCAGUUCUUCUAAAGCUCAAAACUCGACAUUUUAUCACAUUCCUGAAAAUAAUAAAGGGUUCCAAAUUAUGCUUAAAAGUGGAUGGGACAAAGAUAAGGGGCUUGGAAUCAAUGAAGAUGGUAGAAAAUUUCCCGUAAAAUCUGUUUUGAAGAAAGAUCGUGGUUGUAUUGGUAGGACAAAAGAAACUGCCAAAAUUACUCAUUUUGGUCCUAAUGAUCCAUCUUCAAUUAAGCAUCAAGCAGCCCCUGUAAGUUUGUUAAGAGAAAAAACAUUAAAGAAUAGAGAAAGACGCAAGAUGGCUUUAAAGCAACGUCAAAAGGAGAUAUCUUUUCGCAGACAAUUCCAUUGUGAUUGAUAAUUAAACUGGAUUUCUUUUUCUGUGAAGCUGAAAACAAUGGAAUCAAUUACAAAAUGAUGCCAUAAGUACAUAUCUGCUCCUAUAGAUUAUAUUUUAGUAGUUUUCCAAACAAAACUUAAAAAACAUUAAAAAAAAUUAGUGCCUUUAUG